AACUCGUCUUCUAGAGCUACUUCCCUCCAUCGCUUCUAAUGGAUUUCUUCCCUUUGGACUUCUAGAUGGGGGAUUGAAGCGUCCUCCUGUUAACGAGUCUCUUCGUGACAGCAUUUGUUUUGAUGUUGUUUCCGAUAUUCACUUAGCAUUACGAAGAAGAAAAAUCAUUCUUAAAUAAGAUAAGCAAAAUGUGUGAUCAGAGUGGUAGUUCAAACUAUUCACCGUGGAAUACUGAUUUUUACCACCAGUAUUUGCAACAACAUGCUAGACUGACUGAAUGGAUACUAAACCUGCAUCAGAAUCUUCCACAGACAUGGCCGAAUCCUUUAGAUCAUCAAAAUCAUGUUUGUCAUCAUAAUCAUCAUCAAAAUCAUGUUUGUUGUCAUAAUCAUCAUCAAAAUCAUGUUUGUCAUCAUAAUCAACAUCAGCCUGUUUCACAAGGUGUAAAUUAUAUUCCUCAUCAAAGACAUCAUUAUCAACAUCAAAGGCGACCAUAUAUUCGGCGCAGAAAUACCAGACAAAAUUCGCGUCAUGAUUCUCAUCACAGAAUUGGUAAUGGUAAUGAAUAUGAUGCAGCCAGUGUUGAAUAUGUUGGUGAUAAUGGAAAUUAUGUACAGGAAGAAGAUAAUGAAAAUGGUGUAUUGGAGAAAGAUAAUGAAAAUGAUGCAGCAGAAGAACAUGAUGAAGAUGAUGAUUCGGAGGGUGAAUGGGUUUUUAAUAUUGAACCAUUGAUGGCUUUCAGAGCUGAAAAUGAGAAAGAGGUAGAAGAAGACACCAAAAGUGAAGCAAGUAUCGUACUUAUAGAUGCAGUUUUGGAUGAAAACUUUGAAUUUAUUCAGCUGGAUGAUGCUGGACAGAUGCAGAAAGUGUGUGACAGACCCAGUACUAUUGAUGCAAAAGAUGAUCUUGAUUAUGAUAAGUCAACAAGGACUUUUUUAUAUGGAGAUAGAGCUGAUAGGAUUGCUGGGCUUGAAACGUCUUUGGAAAUAAUGUUUGAUCACAUCAGUGACCUGCACGAGCCAAUUGUAUAUCCUCUUGUUUAAUUCACACACUGAAAUCUGUUAUAAUGGGGUUUUUUUGAUAAUUUUCUAGUUCUGUAUUUUUGCUUUUCAUAUUCAUGUUUAGUUACUACAUUAAAAAGGUACUUUGUUUUGCA